CCAGCAGGACUCAGAGGGGAGAGUUGGAGAAAAAGGCAGAAAAGGGAAAGAAAGAGGAAGAGAGAGAGUGAGAGAGGCUGAGCAGACCCUGAUGGCUACAGACGAAGUUACAGGAGGGGCUCGCAAAGCUACGAAAAGCAAACUUUUUGAGUUUCUGGUCCAUGGGGUGCGACCUGGGAUGCCAUCAGGAGCUCGAAUGCCCCAUCAGGGGGCUCCCAUGGGUCCCCCAGGCCCCCCAUACGUUGGAAGCCCCUCAGUGCGACCUGGGAUGCCCCAGACCGUGAUGGAAACAACAAGAAAACGCACUGCACCACAGCAGGUCCAGCAACAGCAGGUGCAGCAGCAGGUGCAACAGCAGCAGCAAGCCACUCAGAACCGAACUAGGAGUGCCAAGAGGAGGAAGAUGGCUGACAAAAUUCUCCCUCAGAGGAUCCGGGAGCUGGUUCCUGAGUCCCAGGCCUACAUGGAUCUGUUGGCCUUUGAACGCAAACUAGACCAGACCAUUAUGCGGAAGCGUGUGGAUAUUCAGGAAGCGCUGAAGAGGCCAAUGAAGCAAAAGCGGAAACUGAGACUUUACAUCUCCAACACAUUUAAUCCUGCAAAAUCUGACGCUGAUGACUCUGAUGGCAGCAUUGCUUCAUGGGAGCUGCGAGUGGAGGGGAAGCUCCUGGAUGACCUCAGCAAACAGAAACGGAAGUUUUCCUCUUUUUUUAAGAGUUUGGUUAUUGAACUGGACAAAGAUCUUUAUGGACCUGACAACCAUCUUGUGGAGUGGCACAGAACUCCCACAACCCAGGAAACGGAUGGCUUCCAGGUGAAAAGACCCGGUGAUGUCAGCGUGCGGUGCACAUUACUCCUCAUGUUGGACUACCAGCCUCCACAGUUUAAACUGGACCCGCGAUUAGCCCGUUUGCUGGGGAUACACACACAGACCCGAUCAGCCAUCAUCCAGGCUCUCUGGCAGUACAUCAAAACAAAUAAGCUGCAAGACUCCCAUGAUAAGGAAUACAUUAACUGCGACAAGUACUUCCAGCAGAUCUUUGACUGUCCACGGCUAAAGUUUUCUGAAAUUCCUCAGAGACUCACUAACCUGUUGCUGCCACCAGACCCUAUAGUGAUAAACCAUAUCAUCAGUGUUGACCCCAACGAUCAGAAGAAGACGGCUUGUUAUGACAUAGAUGUAGAAGUUGAAGACCCAUUAAAGGGACAGAUGAGUAGUUUUCUUCUCUCAACAGCUAACCAACAGGAGAUUACAGCAUUGGACAACAAGAUUCAUGAGACAAUCGAAUCAAUAAAUCAGUUAAAAAUACAACGUGAUUUCAUGCUGAGUUUCUCCAAAGAUCCCAAAGGAUACAUCCAAGACCUUCUCCGGUCCCAAAGUAGGGAUCUUAAGGUGAUGACUGAUGUAGUUGGAAACCCAGAGGAAGAACGCAGAGCUGAAUUUUAUCAUGAGCCAUGGUCUCAAGAGGCUGUGAGCAGAUAUUUCUAUUGCAAGAUCCAGCAGCGCCGGCAAGAACUGGAACAAUCUCUGGGAGUGCGCAACACAUAAGUACUGCUCACAAUAUCCCAUUGGCAUCAUGACCACCAAACCAGUGGACUUUUCAGUGUUACUUAGCUCACUGUUACACAUGGACCUGCUUCCUGACUGGAUGAGAAUGUACCAUCAACACACCAGUCAGAACACCAGCUUUAGAGUGACCCUUGAAAAUCUUGCCCAUGGGGGUGUCUCAAACCAUUCCAGGCCAGAGACAGCGCUGUGCAAGUGUCAGUGUUAAAGAAGGUUCAUUCAUCAACGCGCAUCAUUAAGUUUUAGUGGAAAUUUCGGACACUACACAGCAAAUCCUAAUGGGCUAUGCAUAGAAUCAUGGGUGGCAUUGAUGAGGGAGGUUGAGAUGGGUGUUACAGAAGACUACAGAUUUAGAGAAAUAAAUGCAGUUCUCAUCCUAUGUUACCUAAGAGUCUCAAAUAGUAACUUCUCUGGAAUUAGACAAGAUAGUCUUUCUUACAGCUGUGCCUGAACAGAGUUUUUAUUCCAGCUGGAGCAGUGCAAGAAGCCAUCUCACCAUGUGAAAGACCAAACUAGGGGGAUUUUCAUUCCUAGAAUGAAGAGCCCCUCUGGAAGAAAGACGUGUAGUCAGGACAUCUCUUCUACAAACUCUAAUACUUCCUUUUUCCCUUGCUCCUGCAGUGAAAGGUAGACUGAAUUACGUAUCACUGGAUGGGUAUGAUCAACGUGCUGUACUGAGAGGAAGAGAAUUAUCCCAGGGAUAAGGGCUUCUUAGGCAUCCUUAAUGUCAGUGGUGUUAGCAAAGCUGAUGUUGAAGCAAGAAAUGAGGCAUUCUGAUGAAGUGAAAAUACCUUAAUAGUGCUUUGCUGAUACCUGCCUGGAACACAGCAGAUAUUAACAAUAAGCAUAUAUGUAAAAUACGAGAUUUCUUAAAUGUUUCUCUGUGUGCCAGCAGGGAUCAGCACUGAAAAGAACUUCCCUAAUUGUUAAGUUGGUGCAGAAUCCAAGAAGCUUAACUUCAUAUAACGUGGCAGUUUUCUCUUUACUUCAAGAUGUUAACAGAGUCCCUGGAUUGGUCUCACAUUUUGAUCAUAGGUGAACUGCCUCUUACUAUGAAUUAUUUAGUUCCCUCAUAUGUGAUAUGUACUGGUUAUAUAGGAUGCUGUUGAGUUAUAAAGCACUAUCAGCCUUAAAUAGCACAGAGAACGUAUCCCUUAGAAAUCAUCUUCUUUGUAAACGUACAACAAAUGCAGACUAUGGGAAUUUAUACCGUAUUUACUUGGAAGCAGGGACAUCUUCAUUAAAUCCU